AUGGACGGUGGCCAGACCUCUUCCAAUCCCGCCCCCGCUGGGAACUCCAGUGAUUUUGUACGCAAACUGUACAAAAUGCUGGAGGACCCAACCUACGCGUCAAUCGUACGCUGGGGCGAUGAAGGGGAUAGCUUCGUGGUCUUGGAGUGUGAAAAAUUCACCAAAACCAUCCUUCCGAAACACUUCAAACAUAGCAACUUCGCCAGUUUCGUGCGACAGCUGAACAAAUACGAUUUCCACAAGGUGCGACAGAAUAACGAAGAAAACGGCCAGUCGCCGUACGGACAAAAUGCAUGGGAGUUCAAGCACCCCGAAUUUCGCGCCAACAGCAAAGAGUCCCUCGACAAUAUUCGACGCAAAGCCCCCGCACCGCGCAAACAAACUCAGAGCAAUGAAGAGUCUGUCCCGACACAACAGAUUGACCUGCUCAAUCAACAGAUUGUGGCCCAACAGCAGCAGAUCCAGCACCUCUCGGACCGCUAUGCUCAACUCUCGGUGGACCAUCAGCUCAUGCUCCAGGAGACGAUGCGCGUCCAGAAGACCGUCCUGAACCAUGAAAACGUCAUUCACCAGGUCAUGAACUACCUUCUAUCGGUGGAUCGCCAACGGCGCGAUAGCAAGGGAGUUUCGUUCCAGGCGCCCGGCUCAACGAUGAGCCCCUCCCAGGUGGGAGCUGUGGACGACGAGCCCUCAUCGCCUCUCCAGCAGGCCUCCAAGCUUUUGAGUGACAUGAACGCGGAAUUGCAAUUCAACGCGAACGGCCCCGACUCGAUGAAUGAUCCCCAAAAGGGACCUGUUGUUUCGACCCCUACCAUGGACCCGAAUGCGCGAAACGGCGCACUCCGGCAAGCAAAUGCCGUUCCUCCCAACCAAGCCCAAGCACAGGCUCAGGCCCAGGCUCUUGUUUACCCGAAGAUGGCUGGUGACUUGGAGCAAGUCGUAUACCCCGUGGGUGCCACCAAUGGGAUAGAUCCCAUGUAUAGCGAGCACAUCAACAAUGUCCCGUACCCGAUGCCACCCAAGCAGGAAGUGGAUCCCUCAGAUGCCCGUCGCCAGUUCCCUGACAACCGGAAAAAGACCAACAACGUCGAUCCUGGAUGGAUGCGCAGUCCCCAGAUUCUCUUGGUUGAAGAUGACGCCACUUGCAGGCAAAUUGGCGGAAAAUUCCUUUAUUCUUUCUCUUGUGUUAUUGACACUGCGUUCGAUGGUUUGGAGGCUGUGAACAAAAUCCAGGGUGGUUCAAAGUACGAUCUUAUUUUGAUGGAUAUCAUUAUGCCAAACUUGGAUGGUGUAUCAGCAUGCCAUCUCAUUCGCCAAUUUGACCGCACUCCGAUCAUCGCCAUGACAUCGAACAUCCGAAGCGACGACAUUCAGCUCUACUUCCAGCAUGGCAUGGAUGACGUUCUUCCCAAACCGUUUACUCGCAAAAGUCUUCUCGACAUGCUAGAGAGGCACCUCGACCAUCUUAAGAUCUCUCCUCAAAAUCCUCCUGGGAUGGAGCAGGUCCCACCUUCCGCGACAGCUGUGAACCUGGCAACCGCUGCUCAAAAUUCAGCAGCACAGUCGAUCAAGGAGGACAGUUCCCCAGGCCAGUCACCCGCUGGGUCCAUGAACAACUGGCAAUCGCCUGGUCAAUUCCAAAACAUGCAGGCCGUACCGACGAAUAUGCCUGCAGUCCAAGGCCCAUACGUCACUGCCCCACCGACGGCAUAUACUGUUGAUCAGAAUGGCGUCCAGUAUCCCGCACCCCCUCCUGUGGGAGUCCCUACCGCGGGGGCUCCUGUCCGCCCCCCACAUCGGCGCCAGAUCUCAGACAUGUCCAGCGCGACCGAAAACCCCAACAUGCCCAAACGUCAGCGCAUGUACUCCCAACCUCAACCCAUGCUUGCUAUGCAAGCCGGCCGACCCGGCUAA